GCUAAGUUAUACUAAGUCUCGCCAUGUCGUCGUACUUCUUCCGAUAAGGUUAGAUUUUGGCAGGAAUUUCAAGGAAUACUUCCAGCCGGAACUGCAUGCUUGUCGUAUUUGCAAAGCUAAAUUCGCACGAGACUUUCGGAGUUUCAAGCCGUGCACAUAAGCGUAGGUGACCUACUAGUUGGACGGAACUAUUUUUGGAAGCUAAAUGAAAAAUAUAUCAAUUUCUGCAAGCCUAGCUGAAGAAUUCCAGCGCGGUACUUCAUAGUUCGUCCAUCGCAAGUCAGACAACAGGUGAUGUUUCUCAUUGUUCCCGCGGAAUGAAACACACCUUCAAACGAUGAACUUGGGUGGACACUUUGGAGUCUGGGACUACAGCAUUUUCUUCACCAUGCUGCUGGCCUCUUCAGCGAUAGGCAUUUACUACGCCUUCAAGGCUGCGAAGAAGCCGCAGGUGCCUAAAUCAAUGGGAGUUGUCCCGGUCGCUAUGUCGCUGAUCAGCACGUCUAUAUCGCCCGUGGCUAUGCUAGGCAUUCCAGCCGAGAUGUACUUCUACGGCGUCGGGUUUAUCAUGAUACAGCUGGGACUGCUGUUCACCGUGCUCUUGACAAAUCACAUCUACAUGCCCAUGUUUCACAACCUUGACGUUACCAGCGCUUUCCAGGGUGGCAUCAAGGCGAUUGUCAUGGCCGACGUGUUUAUGAGCUUCAUAAAGUAUGCCUCCAUCAUACUGCUUGCAGUGAAGGGGACCAUCGACGUCGGUGGCUGGCAGAUCGUCUACGAAAAGAACCGCGACUCUCAAAGACUUUAUUUGUUCGACUUUCACCCGGACCCGACGAUUCGUCAUUCAGCCUGGUCCCUGGUGAUCGGAGGCACAUUCCUGUGGCUCACCAUGUACGCCGUCAACCAAGGCUGGGUGCAGCGCUAUCUCAGCAUGCCCAACGUGGCCGCAGUUAGGAGCGUCUGUGCCGAAAUCUGCCUCUCUUUCCUGCUCUUCUUUAGAGCCAUGUGGGUGAACCUGAUGGGCGUGAUUGCACUUCAGAGUUUGCUGUGCUACGUGGGACUGGUGAUAUUCGCGCGAUACAGUGACUGCGAUCCCGUCAGCACAAGGCAGGUUACGGCGGCGGACCAGGUAAAUCCAUUUUUCGUCAUGGACAUAUUGGGAAGCUACCCAGGUGUUCCUGGCCUCAUCGUGUCUGGAAUAUUCAGCGGAGGACUGAGCGGCGUAUCUGCAAGCCUCAGCUCCCUGGCGACAACGACACUUCAGGAUAUCGUAAAGACUUACAUCAAGCCGGACCUUGGAGAUAGGGCUGCUGGCAUCUUACUGAAAGUUCUUACUGUCGUGUUCGGAGUCAUCGUCGUCGCCAUGGUGUACGUGGCUCAGCAGAUGGGGGACGUCCUGCAGUCGGCGCUGUCCAUCCUUGGUAUCGUCGGUGGCCCUCUGGUCGGCGUCUACAGCCUCGGCAUCUUCGUCCCGUUCGCCAAUUCAAUUGGAGCCACUGCGGGCUUGGUGGCCGGUGUGGCGACCCUGUCCUGGAUCAGCGUGGGCGCCUAUCUCCGGAGGCCGCUUCACUGGCGACCGCCGGUCUCGGUCGACGGUUGCGUUCCGCUGUACCUGAAUGCAACGGGCCUCGAGCAGCCGGUUCUUCCUGCUGCCAACAUCGACGCGCACAAUUCUCAGAUCGAGUACAUCUACCGCCUGUCCUACCUGUGGUACAGUUUUCUUGGAGCAGUUAUCGUCCUUGCCCUGGGAUCCUUCGUCAGCCUUCUGACAAUUCGAUGGUCCAAGCCGGUCGAAGAGCGCCUCCUGAUUAGGAUCACCUGCAAAUGUUCCUCUAGACGGGGCACAGAGCGAAAUGUCAAGUCGCCUUCGGUGAGCAGUGCUAUUUCGCCCGACGGUGGCCCAUUCUUCGUGGAACCAAUUGUCCCGGAUUCGUCCCAUCAUAACCUGGCACAACUUGGCGUGAGCAACAGAUCGUCAGUGACACCACUGACAACUGGCACGAAGCAGAAGCGAGUGAAAGAACUCAUCUUCCGGAAAUUCAAUGGCACAGUACAGAAUAAGGUUUCUAAUGGGAACGAUGUGCAGAUGAGCUCAAUAACUGCUGGUAACAUGGAAUCCUCAAGAGAUGAAUGCAGGGGGACGACCAGCCACGAAGUUACAUUUAUACCACCACCAGCUUAAACACGUGCCUGCCUUGCUUGCAAAAGGGGCCCUGAACCACCCCUCGGACUUAAUGAAAAAACUAUCUGCAGACGGCAUACGCUGCUGUGAACAUCUCGGCCAGAUUUUGCAGUUGUGCACGGCACAUGGAUUUCACAAGCGGAGCUCGAGGUCACCUUUCUCUCAGAUGCUUUCUUUUCAACAGAAGCCUUGUAUUCACUCUUUUUUGGACACUUUAUUUUGUAAUAUAGCAGAUUCCCAUGCGCGGCUGCUACUGGCUGACAUCAGUCAAGAAGGGUGUUUGGAUUAGUGUGCUUCUUCCUAUUGUUACUGUGCAUAUUUAUUGAUGCAGUUUAAUAAUUAAACAGGCUGAAGUGAAAAUAUGCUUUCGAAUUUCUAAUAAUUACGUACUUCAGGAAGAAGCAAACUAUGGUCUGCUCAUGCUUGGCUACGGCAGCCCAUGUAGGAAUUAAACUUUGGCUACCCUGCUUAUUAGUGUGAUGGCCGACCUGGCCGCUCCUGGUUGGACGUCUUGGCAAUGAGCUAUUGAUAGCGCUUCAAAAUGUUCAAGUUGGAUGUGGCUACUAUCCGUCGGUUAAGCUGGUGCAGGACAAAGCCAGUCCGCACCACGUAGCACUGCUGGACAGGAGCACAUGAGCACGAGCGCGUACUCAAACCCGGUCGUGCACAAAGCAAACGCUGCAGUUGCAUGUAGCCGUGGUCUACUACAUAGCAUAGAUACCACGGCUGCUGCGAGGUGCUGCGACGAGUCCACUGGCUGAGCACACUGCGGCUCGGUGAGGACAACUGCAUUUGGCACGUUGUAGGUGCCAAAAUCUGAAACAGUGGUUUCUAUGCGAACAGCCAAAAUCAAAUUUGAACUGUGCACCAUGGUGACAUUUUGUAGGCAGAGCGGUGUAGACACACCUUGCUCUGCCGUAGCCUUCACAGUGCAAAUCAUUGUAGAAGGAACGGAAGUGCCGUAAACAGUAGGUUUGACUGCCAAUAACUCCGCUUGUACUAAUGUGUUGAACUUUUCUUGCAGGAAAGUAUUUCUGAAAUAAACUAAUUUAACUUCAAAUGCAUUUAUUGCCUUCGAUAAAAAGUGGUUCAGGGCCCCUUAAAAAAUUGCAUCAUAAAUGCAUGUUAUUUCCCUAGGCUAUCAUCAUCUAUUAACGAAAGCACAUUGUCGCCACAGAGGCUGUGCUGAUUCGUCUACUGGGUAAAGCCAGCAUUCAUCAGGACAUUUUACAUGCAUUUGAUGCGCCAGAAAAAAAAUUUUCAUUUGCAGAUAGUUUAGGCCAAGACGUUUGAAUAGUGUGCAAACUGCACAGUUGCAAUAAAAUGGUAGCACGUCAGGCAUUAACACAUCUCCUACUAGCCCCAGCAGAACAUAAGCUUAUUGUGCUGCAAUGUACUCAAGGCCGAGCACUUGCACUGUCAUUUCAUUUGCUGAGGAUUAGAUACGCCCAGAAAAGUGUUUGGAGUAUGAGGGAAAAAAGUACGUAUAAGCACGGGCACUUAAGCAAGCAGUAUGGAAUUGAAUGCACUGUGCAAGGCAAGUAAAGGGCCCUCAAAAGUAGGCAAGUUCUUGCUGUUUUGCUUCAUGAAGGCUCAGGGGCAGGUGUGCAUGUACUACGGCAUAACGCCAAACUGUUUGGACUGUUUUUAUCAGCACCUAUAAGUAAUUGUGAGUCACGCUGACAUUCUCUGCACAGUCUGCUGCUCCCAUGCAUUUCCUUGCAGUAGAAUUGCCAAGUAAUUGCAAGAGGCUUACUAGCUUGUCAGCCAACCAUGUUACAUGUGUCGACUAUCACUUGAAAUACAGCUGCAAGGAAGCAUUGGCCUCAGUCAGUAUGCGAGAGGAACUGUCCCAACACCGUGCCGCACAUAAAAAAAAUUAUGGGGUUUUACAUGCCAAACCACUAUCUAAUUAUGAGGCACGUCAUAGUGGGCGACGACGGAAAAUUUGACCACCUGGGGUUCUCUACCAUGCACCUAAAUCCAAGUACACGCGUGUUUUCGCAUUUCGCCCCUGUUGAAAUGCGGCUGCCGUUGCUGGGAUUCGAUCCUGUGACCUCGUGCUUAGCAGCCUAGCACCAUAGCCACUAAGCAACCACAGCAGGUGCUGUGCCGCACAUAAAGGCAUGCAUUAGAACACAUUACAGCGCAGACUGGCUGUACUCCCGCUCUAAGGGCAACACUGCACCCAUUACAUAUCACACCGGUUGUGCAAUCAGUUCAAUUUCAUGCGCAUCUACAGAAAAACUAAUUCAUUUAACUACUCCGCUCUUCCAAGAGCCAUUCGCCUUUGGAACGAUCUUCCUAACUCCAUCGCGUAUGAGAGUGACCAAGAAAAUUUCCACCGUCUUCUAACAAUGCAUUUUUCAAACUCUACAUAACCUAACGUGUUAUAUUUUCUUGCCUUUCCUGUUCUUAAAAUGAUACUAUCCCUUAAAUACUGUUUUGCUAUAGCCAAAUAUUUCCCGCUCGCUCUGUAAUUCUAUUGAUUAUAUUUUACUUUGUGAAAGUUUCUUGUUCAGUGACCUCUCGUGUUUGAAAGUGUUUGGGUUGUCCAUUGUACAAUUUUGACACCACAUUACUGUAUGUUAAUGCAUUUAUUAUUGUAUAUGUAUUCACAUACGUAUUCUAAUUAUUGUAUAUUAUAAUCUUUGAGUGAA